AUGGUGUAUCAAGUUCUCUCUACAGGUCUUUAUGUCUUCAUUUUAAAGUAUUAAGUCACCCCAUAAUUGGCCUCUGGGGAAGAUUAGCUAUAUAUAGUGUUGUGUAUUUACGGCCGGUAUAUCACUAUAUAUAUAUAUAUUACUAUGGCUGAAUUUAUUACUACCGAAAUGCAUACUGGUGGAGAGCCUUUGAGGAUAAUCGAGAAAGGAUAUCCCGACAUUCCUGGUGCAACUAUAUUAGAAAAGAUUCAAACAAUGAAGAAUACAAUGGAGGACAAGCGGAAACUAUUGAUGUUUGAACCAAGAGGACAUUUUGACAUGUAUGGAGUGCUAUUAGUUCCACCAGACAUCCCGUCUGCCGAUGUAGGUGCUAUAUUUAUGCACAAUCAAGGAUACAGCACGAUGUGUGGUCAUGCGGUGCUAUCUUUAGGCAGAUAUCUGGUAGAUAAAGAAAUAGUAAAGAACCCAACAAUUCCUGAAACAAAAGUUAACAUACAGUGCCCUUGUGGAUUGGUUGAGUCUUAUGUCAAAUUUGACGGAAAGAAAACAGGAACUGUAAGGUUUUUCAGUGUUCCGGCAUUUUUAUUUGCUAAAGAUAUUUCGGUUGAUGUUCCUAGUUACGGGAAAAUUACAGUAGAUAUAUCAUAUGGUGGCGCGUUUUAUGCUUUAGUAGCUUUGUCACAGUACAAGAUGGACAGGAAUGCGACUAUACAGAAAAUAAGAGAUGCCGCCGGUGCCACUACGGAUGCACUGAAGAAACAGCUUAAGCUGACACAUCCAGAUAGUGAAGAUCUAGCCUUUCUUUAUGGCACUAUUGUCACUGACGGUAAAGAUCAGUACUCCGAAGAUGUCUCCUGGAAUGUUUGUGUGUUUGCUGAACGAGAGGUUGACCGUUCCCCGUGUGGGUCUGGGGUAACAGCAAGGAUAGCGCAACAAUAUACCAGAAAUCUUAUAAAAAUAGGACAAACACGGACAUUCGAGGGACCGACAAGUACAAGAUUCACCGCAAAGCCCUCAAAGGAAGUGACGUAUGGUGAUUACAGUGCUGUUAUAGUGGAAGUUUCUGGAAAUGGAUACUAUACCGGAACAUCAAAGUUUACAUUGGAAGGAGAAGACAAAAUUGGAACGGGGUUCUUACUUAAUUAAUAUAUAGAUAUAAGAAGAUGCCUGCAAUAAAUAAACUCAACAUUAAAAUAUUAAA